AAGAGCAACAAAACGUUUCACUACCAAACACACGGAUAAAAAUAUUAUGCCAAAUUCCUUCAAAACAAAAUUCAUACUCAAAUUUCGAAAUAAAUUUUUCACUUUAAAUCGUGAGUUUUUGGGUUUUUGGUUCCGUUUCCCUUUACCCAAAUGUGUAUUAGUGAGUGUGUGUGUAGGAGCAAGUGUAUGAGUGUGUCUGUUUCUUAAUUUUUUUUAUUUUUAUUGCUAAAAGCUACAAAUCCCUGUAAGUAAAGAGGGGAUUUAGACGUCAAGUGAUUUAUGGUUUAAUAAAAUAGAAGAAACUGUAAGAAACUGACAUUUGAAACAUUAAAACAAAACGACAGGAUUUGGAUGCUUUUCUUGGUGUUUGUUAUUUAUAUUUUAUGACAACAAAUCACAAACAUAUGCUUCAGAUUUAAAAAAAAACAACAACAAUAUUUCUUAAAAAAGCAAUAAAACUUUUAAUAAUUUAUAAUAAAAAUUUGAAAAGUAAAAUAAUAAAUAAUAAAAAUAAAAUAAAUUAAUAACUAAAAAAACUUAGUUACUUUAACAAUGUGCUGAUAAAGUUUGCAAGAAACUUACUUACGUGUAACAGGAGCCAUAAUCCUUAAACCCAAACGACCUAUGUGUGUGAGCGCUUAACUGUGAGUGUUUGUGUUAAUGGUGUUUUAGACGUCAUCAUUUUUGUAUUUAACAGCCAACCACUAAAAUGUUUCAACAUCUAAAUAUGGCCUUGUAAGCGAAUUAUCACAAAGACCCUUUACUGUGUCGUUUUUACUUUCAUUUUCAUGUUGCUGCUGUUUUUUUUGUCUAUGACUGCAAAAAUAAACGAAAAACGUAUAACCGAAACCCAAAAAUGUUUUCAUCUCUUCACCUAAAAACCUAAAUAAAAAAGAAGUGCAAAAAAGCAGAAAAAAAAAAUACUAAAAGAAUUAUCGAAAAUAAAAGUGAAAAUGUUAAAUAAAACAAAUCAUCAUAGACUAUAACUAAAUAAAUCUUACAAUCCCUAGAGCAUAUUUUCGUUUCGCUAGACUUCAAUACUAUCUGUGUUGUGUGUUUCUUUACUUGUGCUCCUCCAAAGUAUCAUCAGAAAAGAAAAAAUACAAAAGACUUUUCUUCCAUGCUUCAGUGAAUCGGUUCAAGGAAGCUCUACAAUAAACCCUUUCAACGCUACAAAAGCAGCACAAUAAAAACAUACAAUACAAAACAAUAAAUUAGUUGUUUAAGCCUAAAAUUUAAAAAAAAAACCCUCUACUCCAAUCAAACCAAACCGUAUCAACCCAUUGAAACCAAAUCAAACUAAAAUACAAUAAUAAUAAAAUGGAAUCAAAAAGAAAUAAAAUGAAAUAAAAAGUGAAAUUUAUACCUCUCGUCUUUUGUUGGUUGUUACACCACGAAACACGUUCUGUAUGUAAAGUAACCUUCUUCUUUUAUUAUUCGUUCAUUCUGUUCGUCUCCUUUUGUUAAGAAAAAGAAACAAAUCAUCAAACAACAACCAACAAUGGAUUCAACGUUAUUUAAAUACAAGCAUCAGUAUCAACAGCAGAAUCAGCAUUUUAACAUCAGCACCAGUAACAGCAACAACUACAGCUUCAACAACAACAACAAUCAUAAUAAUAACAAUCAAAAUUCAAUAUUCAUUUUGAAUACAGCAACAACCAAUAAUAUUUUGCCAAAUAAUCCGAAACUUUAUUAUUCGGAUUUAAAUGAUAAUAAUGUUGUAUCAUCACCAACUUCGUUUACGUCCUCCUCAUCAUCUGCAACAUCCUCUACUACGGCAACAUCGUCGGUUUGGUCGUCCGCCUCUUCCACCAUGUGUUCCCCUGCUGCCCAUGCCAUACAGAAGCUCUUUAAUUGCAGCAGUAAUAGUUUAAAAUUAAAUCAUGGAAAUUAUAGUGGAAUUGAAUCGAAAACGUUUAAAUCAAAAUCGGAAUUAUUAAAGAAAAAAUCAAAAUUUUGGAAAUAUUUAGAAGGCGAAGCCAACGAGAAGAAUAAUCAACGAGGAAUUGAAAAUGAGGAGGGUGAACAGAAGAAGCCAGCAGGAAAGAGCCUUAAACAUAAAUCAAAAUAUUGGUCUAAAUCUUAUGAGAACGAUAAUCAAAAUCAUCAAGAUUUAUCCGAAUUAUUAGAAUAUUCUUGCAGUUUAUGUGACAAUUGUCGUUGUAUGGAUUGCCAGAUUGGCUAUUUUGAUUGUGAAAAUUCAGAUGAUAGUAAUUCGGAAUAUUCAUUUCAUUUGAGUGCUUACGAAGAAGACGAUGAUGAGGCUGUUGAUGGCGGUAAUGCUGAAACUACUAGUGAUAUUGAACGAGCAAUGGAAUUGAAGUCGCAACAAGAGGCCCUCAACAGUUGCCAUGAGAAUUGUUGCCAUAUAUUGGAUAAUAAACAAAAUGACAUGAUGCCAAAAUUACGAAUAGAUGCUAAAAUCCCAACAAAUUGUAAUGUGACAUAUUGUGUAUGCAACGAUCUAAAUUGUACCAAGGCCGAUGGCUGCCAACAAUGUUUUAUGGAAAAUUCGGAAGAUGGUAUAUUAGAGUUGAAGCAACAGCAGCCGGAUAAUGUUAUCACAAACCCUGACCAUUAACAAAUCUUGUAUUUGUUGAAAUUCUAAAGAAACAAAAGUUUAACGUGCCAAAAAACGAAAUGCUUCAAAAUCUUAAAAAAAUAACAUUUAGAUUUAAAAUUGCUAAAAAUUAUUUAUAAAAGAUAUUAUAUACCUAAACGAAAUUUAACAAAAUUUAAAAUAUUCAGCAAGUGCUAUUAUAAUUAAAAGAAAUCCCUAAAAAAACCUAAAAAGAAAUUAAUUAUUAACAAAUAAAUUUAUGAAUUUUGAGACAUCAAUAAAUUACGAGUUAUCCCCAGCUGAUUGAUGUUGAUCAAAUAAAUAUUAAUUCUUUGCAUAAAAAUAAUUUGUUGCAUACAUCACAGCAUUUUACAAGCAAUAAA